CUCCGCCGCCGCGCCAUGCCGCCGCCGCCGCCGGUGCUGCUGGACGAGCUCAUGGAGGAGUUCUUCUUCCGCCUUCCGCCGGAUGAGCCAGAGCACCUCGUCCGCGCAUCCUCCGUCUGCAAGCCGUGGCGCGGCAUCCUCGCCGACGCCGGCUUCCGCCGCCGCUACCUCGAGUUCCACGGGACACCUCCCGUCCUGGGACUCCUCCAUAACACUCUAGGAGAGAGCUAUUGUCACUCCCGAUUCGUCCCCACCUCUGCCUUUCGCCCUGCCGUGACCGACAUUCCCAGCUGGACUGCGAUGGACUGCCGCCACGGCCGCGCCCUCUUCCUCGAAUCCAGCCUGAACAUUGAGGGUUUUCAACUAGUCGUCUGGGACCCUAUGUUGGGCAACGAGAGCCGCGUGCCCUGGCCGGACCACGAUCCUCGCUGCAGGCUUCGGCGUGGCCGUGCUCUGCGCCGUGGAAGGCUGUGACCACCAAGGUUGCCAAGGACAAGGAGGGUCGUUCCGUGUGGCUGUCCUGUCUUCUGAAUGGGUGACCAAAGUCACAUACGCCUCCUUCUACUCAUCGGAUACUGGCUUGUGGAGCCAGGUCACCUCUGUUGACCAUCUCGCCUUUGUCCAGACUAUGCCUAGUGUUCUUGUGGGUGAUGCCCUCUACUUCACCAGCAUUGAUCACAUCCUCAAGUACGAACUAGCCACACUUGAUUUGUCAGUGUUUGAGAAGCCGACCGUGCACACUGGGACACUCGUUACAGUGGAAGACGGUGAGUUGGGAUUCGCUAGUGUGAAUGACACAACCUUAACCCUGUGGUCGAGGGAGACUGGUUCUGCUGGAGCCGUGGGAUGGGCAAAACACAGGGUAAUCGAUCUCGUGACUCUGCUCCCUGAUGGUGCUCUCUCGGUCCCAACAUUAUCUAGUAGGCAGUUGAUUACACAUGUGCCUGGCUUCAUUGAUGGCACCCAAGUAAUUUUUUUGGGCACACAUGUUGGUGUCUACAUGGUCCAACUCAAGUCAGGGCUAGCCAAGAAGGUGCUAGAGCAGCUCGGCGGAUUAAGGAAAGUCUUUCCCUAUGCGAGCUUCUGCAUUCCAGCAAUGGAAGCAGCUUCUAAAAGCCAGGGGCAAUGAGUUGGUGCUUCAAGUGUUUGGCUACGUCUAGUUGCCAGAUCUGAAGUUUCUGAAUGAAGAAGAGGUGCUGGUAGUGAUGUUAGAUACGACACAAGUGCGUAUUUGGAUAUGUAAGAUUACUGCUGAUCUUAGUCUUCGUUUAUGGAACUCUGUUUAAGAGGUUGAUUUGGUAGCUUGCUUGUGUUGGUGUAGUUCGACGAGGGCUUCUAUGUAAGAUGGUAUCCCCAGCAUGACCCUCCUCACUCUGAAGCUCAAAAUGUCAGUUUGGAUUAUGGAAUGAAAAAUUGUGAAUUAAAUCUUCAUUUUGACUAAAA